AUGCAGAGUCAGGAAAGCUUGAGCCAUUUACCUAACACACAAACCAAAAUGCAGCCCUCAUCGAGUCGUAUCCUGUAUGACAUUCCCUGCAAGGUAUGCCGGGACCAUUCCUCGGGUAAACACUACGGGAUUUUCGCGUGCGAUGGUUGCGCCGGAUUCUUCAAACGCUCGAUCAGAAGGAAUCGACAGUACGUCUGCAAAGCCAAGUCCGAGGGAGGAUGCAUGGUUGACAAGACACACAGGAAUCAGUGCAGAGCUUGCAGGCUCGCCAAGUGCAUACAGGCUGGGAUGAACAAAGAUGCCGUCCAGCAUGAACGAGGGCCACGAAACUCUACACUGCGCAGGCAAAUGGCACUGUACUUCAAAGAGCCCGAAAUGAUGGGCAGCAUGGUACCACCACCCGCUGGUGCUCUCGAUCUUGCGUUACCAAAGCCACCGAGUGAGCCGAGGGUGUCGGUCGCACCGCCACCAACACAUCAUCACAUGCCACAUCCGAUUUACUGUAACAGUAUGUCUGUGAGCAAGAUGCCCGUAAGCGUAGGAGGAAUGCCGACAAUUCCAAUUCUCCCCUCAAUAAGCGCGGAGUCUGUUUGCGAGCAAGCAGCCCGUCUCCUCUUCCUGAACGUCCGUUGGGCCCGCGAUUUGGCCUCAGGUACAGGUCUAACAAUGGAGGACCAACUAAACCUGCUCGAAGCCUCCUGGAGAGAGCUGUUCCUCCUCGCGGCAGCGCAGAUGCUGCCCAACCUAGACCCCUCGUUCCUCCUCACCCCAGGCCCAGAGGGCCUGUCACUCGCCAUCGAGGUGACCAGAUUCAGGGAAACACUGGCAGGAUUCCACUCCAUGAAUCUGGAUCCCCACGAGUACGCGUGUCUCCGAGCGAUUGUCCUCUUCAAAGCUGGUUUGGACUGCGAGCUGGUCCCCAGCAGUCGUAGCAGCAAUGGAUCUGUCUCGCCGAGCGUGGAACGAAGGCUGAGGGAUCCUGUGACGGUAGCAAGACUCAGGGAUGGCGCUCAAUUGGCACUUGGCGAAAGGUUAUCAGCUUCUUUCAGCUCUGGACCUUCUCUCGGGGCUCUGAGAUUCGGAAAACUACUUCUACUCUUGCCAACUCUCAGGUCCGUCUCGGCGCACGCGAUUGAGGAGCUUUUCUUCAGGAGAACCAUCGGGAUCAUUCCCAUCGAAAGGAUCAUCUGUGACAUGUACAAAGCACCUGAGAAAAUUUGA